AUGUCCACCGCAAGAGUUGACCCAUCCGAGUUCUUGUCCAGGAUAACAGGCGAGAAGGUGGUUGUCAAAAUGAGAGAUGGUACGGAGUGUCAUGGCGCUCUACAGUCCAUCGACGGUUUCAUGAACGUUGCCUUGGAAAAUACAGUAGGGAAAUACAAGGGUGAAACAACGAAAACUUAUGGAGAUGUAUUCAUUAGAGGCACCAAUGGUAAGUACUCUCUUCUAUCCUCCAUCUUAUUAGAACGACUACUAACUCUAUAG